AUGGCGCAGAAAAUGGAACUGGGCCAAGACAUGCUGUUGUUGGGUCCUCCUGGUAGCCUCCGUCGCCAGCUCGCGCUGCGCUUUUGUGAGUUGCAGGGCCGCGAGGCGGAGGUCUUGACCGUGACACGGGACACCACGGAGUCGGACCUCAAGCAACGGCGGGAACUCAGCAGGAGCGGGCUGGGCAGCCGCACGAUCUACGCAGACAGCGCUCCUGUGCGCUGCGCCCUGCGAGGCCGCGUGCUGGUGCUUGACGGGCUGGAGAAGGCGGAGCGAAAUGUUCUGCCAACGCUGAAUAACUUGCUUGAGAAUAGAGAGAUGCAGUUAGAUGAUGGUCGGCUGCUGAUCCCUGCGCGAAGAUAUGACGUCCUGUCCCAGCAGGAAAUCAGCGCGGAGGAAGGCAAAGCGAAGCUGGUACGUGUCCACGAAGAUUUUCGCGUCGUGGCCCUGGCGGUGCCAUGUCCACCCUGGCCUGGCAAUCCCUUGGAUCCUCCUCUGAGGUCACGCUUUCAAGCCAGAAUCAUCAUGCCGCCUACGCUGCUGUCCACAACACAACUGGCACCAUUUUUCCGUGCCUGUGCUUGCAAGGAGAACACCUGCAAGCUGUUUAUCAACCAAUCAUCUGGGAAUGGCUUGAGGAAGGUAUGCCUUAAGCAUUUCCAACCAUUACCAGAUGAUUGGUGGAUAAACAUUACAACAUUACUUUACCAGUGUUUUCAACAAAUAUCAACCAUUUAUCUGGUAUAUGCGAAACAAUUCCAACCAAUAAUCUAG